UUUGAGGAGAAUAAUGAUUUAUUUAUUUUUUUGGUCACUGGGAUUUUACCAUUUCAAAUAACUUGUGUGCUGUGUUUAUAUCCAGAACAUGGAGAAACGUCUGGAACUUUAAGUAGGGGCUGAGUAAUAAUAGGCCACAAAAUAGAAAGUCAGGAACACUUAAAGUAGAAAACACUGUCAGGAAUCAUGACAUGUUAGUGUGAUUAAGUGGUCAUCUGCAAACAGCAAGAGCAUCUUUUUGCUGGCAGCCAGCUUAAAGAAAAGGAGCCCGGCUGUUUAUUCAAGUGUUAGUUUAAAUUCUAAUUUUGACCAACAUUGUCAACAUGUCCUGGCCUUCACAUUAGCCAGGCAAUACCUAUAAACCAUUUUUAUACCCUAUUCAUUGUGUACUGGAAAUUACCAUUGGCUUCCCUGCUGUGUGGCAACAGGAGCUUGGGGUGGGGGAAUUUAUCUGAAGAGGAGGAAAUGCUUGGUUCAAAUGUGGUGUGUGAAAACAAGCUGAGGUUACGGAUCUCAUUGCUAAGUUGGCUGAGAAUUGUAGGGGUGUGACUCCAGAUCACACCCACUCAUCUUCCAAUUCAGUCAUCUGAGCUAUGAGACGACAGUCUCUUAAUAUAGUCUAGUUGGGGGUAUAUAUAGAGUACACAUAGAGCCCUGACUUCAGACCAACUUCUGAACGACUGUCUAGGAAGGUGCUCUACAUCAAGAGACAAACAACCAACCAGACACAGUCAGUAGCUGCAGUCACUAACCUGCACCUUGGAAAAGAAGAAAUUCUGAAGACAUCCAGUAGUGGUGAAGCUUUUAGCCACAUUGAGAAUUUGUGCAGAAUUUCUCAUCCAAGCUUUGGAACAAGAAAAUUAAAGAAUGAUGAAGUAUUACCAGUGUCCAGUCACCCAGACCGUGCACUAUGAGGGGUGCAAUCUAAAUGCCACUAGACCAGUGUCAUGCUUUCAUGCACAGCCUUCUAUCAAACCUGUUCGCAGUGUUCACUUUCCCAAUGACAUAGUCUUUCAAGAUUAUGUUCGUCAAGGAGAGCUGGAGAGAAUCGGGCGCUUCAUUAGAACCAGAAGAGUGAGUCUGGACACCAUCUACCAUUCAGGCAUGGCAGCCAUUCAUGAAGCAGUUCUUUCUGGAAAUCUGGAGUGUGUGAAGCUAUUAGUAAAAUUUGGGGCUGACAUCACCCAGAGGGAUGAAGAUGGUUGGACUCCUCUCCAUAUGGCCUGUAGUGAUGGUUUUCCAGAAAUAGCCACGUACUUGCUUUCUUUGGGUGCAGACACUGAGGCUGAAAACGACUGUGGGGAGAAGCCUGCUGACCUUAUUGACCCAGACUGCAAAACCUUACUCAAACUCUUUGGGGUUGGUGGUGCCUGAACCUGCCUGGUGUUAAAGUUCUGAUUGCUCUCUUAUGGUAUGGCAGUUAAAAGGAUGAAACCGGUAAGAGUGGAACAUCCACUGUGUAUGCAGUGGAGCCGGUAGCUGAGGCAUGUGGACAGAGUGUCUGGUUAUAAUAGAGCGGUCCUGUGCAUUUGGACCAAUGACGACGAUUUGGAUGUGAGCUGCACUUGCCUCCACAAGAAGAAACUGUUCCAGUGCAGAUGAUGCAGUGUUAAUGACAGUCACUACAGCUUUUCUGUCAGUUUGUUACAGCUUUCUAUUUUCUAAACACUUUCUAUUUUAAAACAUGAUUUUUUAAGUAGCAGAUCAUUGCACUAUAGUAAUGUUUGAUAAAUAGCUCACUGUAGCCUUGUAUGUGAUUUUUUUUUUUUUUUGUAUUAUGCAUUUACAUAUAAAACAUGAAAUUGUACAGAAAGUCUUAAUUUUAUACAUGUAUGGAUUUAAUGUUUUUCUACCCAAAUAUACUUAAAAAAAAUAA